AUGCGUGAAAUCGUGCACGUUCAAGCCGGCCAGUGCGGAAAUCAAAUUGGAUCUAAAUUUUGGGAAGUCAUCUCCCGUGAACACGCAAUUGGUCCAGAUGGAAUGUACCAUGGGACGCAUCACAUUCUCAAAGACCGUCUGAAUGUAUACUACAAUGAGGCAUCAAGUGGCAAGUACGUCCCUCGCGCUGUGCUGGUUGACCUGGAGCCAGGUACCAUGGACUCUGUCCGUUCCGGGCCUUACGGACAGCUAUUCCGACCGGACAACUUUGUCUUUGGUCAGAGUGGGGCAGGUAACAACUGGGCCAAAGGACACUAUACAGAAGGCGCUGAAUUGGUCGAUUCUGUGCUUGAUGUCAUCAGGAAGGAAGCUGAAGGAUGCGACUGUCUCCAAGGUUUCCAGCUCGCCCACUCGUUGGGUGGAGGAACUGGCUCUGGUAUGGGAACUCUACUCCUCAGCAAGAUACGAGAGGAAUUCCCUGAUAGGAUCAUGACCACCUUCAGUGUUGUACCAUCGCCAAAGGUAUCCGAAGUGGUCCUAGAGCCAUACAAUGCGACACUCUCCGUACACCAACUGGUUGAAAACACGGAUAUGACGUUCUGUAUCGACAAUGAAGCUCUCUACAACAUCUGCUUCAGGACUUUGAGAUUGAGCAGUCCGACGUAUGGAGAUCUCAAUCAUUUGAUAUCGUACACAAUGUCGGGUGUGACUACAAGUCUUCGUUUCCCGGGUCAAUUGAACGCUGAUUUGCGCAAAUUGGCUGUCAAUAUGGUUCCAUUCCCGCGACUUCACUUCUUCAUGCCGGGCUUCGCACCCCUCACAGCGAGGAAUGCAUUCAACUUCAGAGCGCAAAACGUUGCGGAACUAUUGUCGCAGAUGUUCAACCCGGGCAAUAUGAUGACAGCGUGUGACCCUCGUCACGGUCGUUAUCUGACAGUGGCCACCAUGUUCAGAGGUAUCAUGUCCAUGAGGGAGGUGGAUGAACAGAUUCUGGCCAUUCAGAAUAAGAACUCCAGUUACUUCGUAGAAUGGAUUCCCAACAAUAUGAAAGUAUCAGUUUGUGACGUACCACCAGAGGGAUUAAAGAUGGCCGCCACCUUCAUAGGAAACACUACAGCCAUUCAAGAGGUAUUCAAACGAAUCUUGGAGCAGUUCACUGCUAUGUUCAGAAGACGGGCCUUCCUCCAUUGGUACACGGGCGAGGGUAUGGACGAGAUGGAGUUCACCGAGGCAUCCAGCAACAUGUUCGAUUUAAUAUCCGAAUAUCAGCAGUACCAGGUCGCUGAAAUAGAUGACGAGGAAUUGGAGUUGGAAGACGAAGAAAUCGACACCGACAUACCGGUCCAGUUGGAUCAUUAA